AGCAGAAGAAAUAGCAAAUGCCCUGGAUCAAAAACACUAUGUGGAAGAAUUAAACAGACACUUAAGCUGUACAGUUGCAGACCUUCAGUCAAAGACUGAGAUACUGGAGAAGACAAAUGCCAAGAUAACUGAGGAGCUGAUUGCAGCAAAAGAUCGCCUUGUAUCGCUGCAAGGUGAACAUAAUCAGUUAUUAGAAGAAAGCAUACAUAUGAAGAAAAAAAGUGAAAGGAAUGUUGAGUUAAAUCUUCAGGAUACAAAAGUUGAAUUGGAAACUUAUAAACAGUCACGUCAAGGACUUGAUGAAAUGUACAAUGAAAUUUUGAAGCAACUAAAACUUGAAAAACAAGCCCGACUGGAACAAGAAAAAGAGCUGGAUCUUCAGUUUGCAAUAAAGACAGAAAUGGAAAUGGCCAUGAAACUGCUUGAAAAAGAUAUUCAUGAAAAACAAGAUACUCUAAUAGUUCUACGGAAACAGUUGGAUGAUGUAAAAUCUAUUAACCUUCAAAUGUGCCAAAAAGUCAUAGUAACAGAAACUGCCUUACAAAAGAAGACCGACACUGUAGCUUCACUAAAAUCCAAAUUAGAUAAAAUGGAAUUUGAGACAAAACUGAUGGAUGAAAGAUUUAAAAAAUCUGAAAAAAUGAGACAAACAUCUGAGGAAAACUGCAAUAAAAUGAAAAAGGAGUUUGAUGCCAAAAAUGAAUACUUACAGCAGCAGCUUAAAAAACUGGAAAGUCGCUGUUCCAGUUUAGAGAAUGAACUUCAAUUAGAAAAAGAGCAACAUGAAUCUCUUCAAGCAGACUUUCACAAGGAGAAAGACCUCAAACAGUCUCUACAAAUUGAAUUACUACAGUUUUCCCAAUUAAAGAAGGACUUUGAUAAGUUACACCUCGAGAAAAAACAAUUGCAGAAGCUGCGCGAUGAACAGGAACAGGCACUACAAGAAAUGGGCCUCCAUCUAAGCCAGUCAAAAUUAAAGAUGGAAGACAUCAAAGAGGUUAACAAAGCUCUUAAGGGUCAUACAUGGCUAAAGGAUGAUGAAGCAACAGGAUGUAAGCAAUGUGACAAAGAAUUCUCCAUUUCAAGACGAAAGCAUCAUUGUCGAAAUUGUGGAGAUAUCUUUUGCAAUACAUGCUCAAGUAAUGAACUUUCACUGCCGUCAUACCCGAAGCCUGUACGCGUGUGUGACACCUGCCAUAACUUACUGCUCCAGAGAUGUUCCUCAAAUUGUUCUUGAGAUCUCAAAUGUUUUUUCUGAAACUACAGAAGAAAAUGAAUUGGUUUUUUUCUUUCUACAAGUUCUGCUAUUUACUUGUUCGACAUAUCUAAAUGUAUAUUUUUCUGGUACUGCCUUCAUAAGAAAAAUUGAAUGCCAUACUCACACGCAAUCAAUGACUAAGCCAUUACAGCCUAUUUUGUGUAUGUCAAUAAUGUAACUGUUUAUCUUACAUUUUCUGUACUUUAUGUUGCACAAUUUUGCAGUGAUUUUGAACUAAAUCUGCAUUAUUAACAUGUCAAGAAAUGUGCCUUUGUGGAUUUUCAGCUUUUUAAAAAAAUAUUCAGAUCAUAUUUGAUAUAAAUCCUCCUUUGAUACCAGAAAUA